UACUUUUAUUUUCAAACCAGAUCGUCCAAGCAUCGACUCAUCGACAUCCUCUCCGAUAUCGGUAUCUUCUUGGGAUAAUCGCACCGUGAGCCUACGAUGUAUGGCCAGUGGUAAUCCUACUCCUGAAUUCACGUGGUCWAACCCUGACAAAGUCCCUAUUAAAUAUGGCGUCAGUCCAUUAAAAGGCGGUAGCCUUCUUACAAUACAAACUAAGUAUAAAACAGACUACGGUCAAUAUCGAUGUCGUGCGUCUAAUAUGCAAGGUUAUGUCUAUGGAUAUAUUGACGUGAAGAGAAUUGUUGUGCCACAACCACCAAUCCUCUUAGACGUCACAAGUACAGUAUCYACCAUUGAAAUAAAAUGGAGACGACCAACCAUCGAUGGUGGGAGUGAGCUUAUAGAUUAUUAUGUAUCAAUUAGUAMCAGUCCACCUCGUGGUGUAUCUAUUAAAGAAACGUCCCUUAUAAUCGCUGGCUUAGCAAAGUCUACCAGGUAUCGAGUCGACGUUUUGGCUAGAAAUAUUGUUGGCUACAGCAAUGCAACAAGUCGAUAUAUAUCAACAAAAGAGAAAGAUUGGUUCGCGGUUGAUGAGCAAAUAUCAGGUAUGGAAUCACCUUUAUUUGUUAGUCAUAUGUCGUAAGUAAAUAUCUUUGUGGCACGUCUUAUAUUGAUAUAAAAUACACCAACCAUCAUUUUGUCUGCCAACCAUUUCAAGUGACUGGAGCCUGUUCGUGA